GAGCCAAUCACUCUCCUCCAAAUUCGAAUGUCAUGCGGAUUUCGCGUGACUCCGGACACUUCUCGUCCCCGGUGAGCAUGCCAUCAUCCUUGAUCGGCCGUGAGGGCAGUAUUGGCACAUUCCAAAGCUGUUCUCUUGACGUGCCUCUCGUGAGCAAAUAACAUGUCGAUACGUGAAUAGCUCUGUACGACGGCAGUAGCGUUGCACCCAUUGUUUUUCCAUCUUCUCUCUCUCUCCUCCUGGACUUCAAGACUUCGCUCAACCUUUCGUAAACCCAUGGUGAAGAUUCGAGGAGAAAAUCAUUCGUUUUUUUUAAUCAGAGUACUCCAUCAUCUCAUAUCCACCCCCAAUAUAUCCGGUUUCAGUGUCAUAAUCAACUUCUUAUGAUUACAAAAGUUUAUCCAUCACUCGUUCGUAUUGUCACAUCAUUAUUCACUUGGAGCUCUCGGCCGGCAAAGUACGCAGUAAGCACCUGCUAAAAAUACCCUCCUGCCGACCUACAUUCGUUCUUCUCGAAAAAACAUUCAUCAAUCAGUACAUGGACUUCUGUAACGCCGCCACCUCCUCUUGACUUUGGUCGACCCAGGAACCAACCCACAACACUCAGCAGGGAUAACAAAACAAUCCCUCUACUCCGUGCAAACAAAAUAACUUUGGCCACUGUUUGACCGCCAUCACUCAUUAUGUCUCCUCCUAGGCGACUUGAUCAUAGUGAAUCACAUAGAUCUCACCACUAUCGAAACAAUUCGCGGCGCGCACAAGUUCAAGAUGAAGAAACUGUCUAUUAUACUCUACCCCCAGCUUCGCCUACACAUGAAAGUCGACCUUCGAAAUCUUCCUUCGCCGACACAGCAUCAUCUCCAAUGACUCCGACAAUGUCUCGGGAACCAAUCUCGCCAUCGCGAAAUACCACACCUGCGACGGCGAUGUCGAGAAAGCGAAGUCUUAUUCGCCCAGAACGUAAUAGAAUCGAUGAAAACCAUCCCAACUACCAUUAUCGCCAACAUGCCGCCAAUAUGGACACCCAACCUUCAACGACUGGCAACAAUCCCAUAAUGGAAGAUAUAGAGGCAGAUGCUGCGAAUACAGACACUUCGGGGCUUCGAUCGUCGGGGGAAGCGGAAUCUGAUAUUGCACCACCCGUAAAGCGGCCCACCCGCGGUCAUGGAGCCGGACCAGGAGAUCUCGCCUCGAACGAAAAGGCUGGAUUUGCUUCAAAGUCUCGAGGAGGAAAUAAAUUGAAGAGGGAGAGGGUGCCAAAAAUGUCCAAGGAGGAGAAGGAAAGGCAAAAGGCUCUCGACACUGUCAAACCACCUAGUCUUUGGAAUGUUUAUUGCGCCAUUGUGACCUUCUGGUGCCCUGGUUUUGUUCUCAAGUGUUUCGGCUUCAGUUCUAAAGCACAGCAAAGAGCUUGGAGAGAAAAGAUGGGUUUGAUCAGCAUUAUUCUCUCUAUCAUGGCAGUUGUAGGAUUCUUGACAUUUGGAUUUACUGCAACAGUGUGUGGGACGGGUUCAGGUCUGCGAUUACAAGUCAACCAUGUGGAUUCUGGAUAUAUGAUCUUCCACGGUAACGCGUAUGAUCUUUCGAAAUCUGAACAUCCCGCUGCAACAGGCAUCACAAAUGGGGCAAACGUUCUGUAUGAUUUGCCCCAAAAGUAUGGGGGUAUGGACGGAAGUUUCUUGUUCCAAAAUGUCAAUGGCAAAUGCAAAGGUUUAAUCACUUUAGCUGAUGGAUCGGACGUUCCAACCAAUUCUGACAAAGAUCUUGCAUGGUACUUCCCUUGCCAUGCAUUCAAUCAAGAUGGUUCGAGCUCUCCAAAUGAGACAGUUGGUGCCUAUUUUGGGUACGCGUGCCAUUUGCAGGCAGAUGCUCGCUCAUCGUUCUACGGACUCAAUAGUGCUGGAGCUGUCUAUUUUACCUGGGAUGACAUCAAGAAUUCUUCAAGGAACCUUAUGGUUUACUCUGGUAACGUUCUUGACUUAGACCUCCUUAAAUGGUUCAACACUACUCAAGUUUCCGUUCCAUCCAGGUUUAGCACCCUUUCCGACCAUACUUCCGCCGCCAACGCCGCUGUACGCGGUAGAGAUGUUACGCACGCCUUCCAAUCUUCAGAGGACAGGAAGAUUGCUCAAUGUCUCGAGCAAAUCAUUAAAGUUGGAAGUGUUGAUACCAAAACCGUUGGAUGUAUCGCUUCCCAAGUAGUCCUUUACGUCUCGUUGGCAUUCAUUGUUGCCAUUGUUCUAGUUAAGUUCGUCUUAGCUUUGAUAUUUCAAUGGUUCAUUGCCUCGAAAUACGCUGCAUCAAAGACUUCCCAAUCAUCUGACCCUAAGAAGCGUCAACAACAAAUUGAGGAAUGGUCCGAUGAUAUCUACCGGGCUCCUCCAAGAAUGGCCGGUGAUAUUGGUAGCUCCGCCGCAGGAUCUGGAUCUGACAGGACAAGCAAACGAGCCAGUGUGUUCUUGCCAACGACAUCUCGUUUCUCAAAUCCUUAUGCCGCUGCCGAUCGAUCAUCUCGCGUUGGACGCCCUCAGCCUACAACCAUGGCAAGUCAAGCCUCAACAGCUCAAUUGAUUCCUCCAAACCCUAUGUUCCGAAAUCAAAACAAUAGCCGAAACAGCCUUUUGCGAACCGACAAUGCAAACGAUCUCGAUGGGGCGGGUCCCACUAGCUUUAUUCAUGAUCUAGUAGUUCCUCAACCACCAAAGGAAUGGGAACCAUACGGUUUCCCUUUGGCUCAUGCAAUUCUUCUCGUGACUGCCUACUCUGAAGGUGAACUUGGUAUUCGUACGACCCUCGACUCUAUCGCUACGACUGAUUAUCCUAAUAGUCACAAAACCAUUCUGGUUAUUUGUGAUGGUAUUAUUAAGGGUGAAGGUGAACCAAAGGCAACACCAGAAAUUGUUCUUGGCAUGAUGAAAGAUUUUGUCACUCCUGUUGAUGAAGUUCCUGCGUACUCCUACGUAGCGGUUGAAAGAGGAUCAAAGAGACAUAACAUGGCCAAAGUAUACGCUGGAUUCUACGAUUACGGUGCAGAUUCGACUAUCAACGUAAACAGACAACUCCGAGUUCCAAUGGUGUGUAUCGUAAAGUGUGGUACUCCGGAUGAGGCCACACACCGCAAACCUGGAAAUAGAGGAAAGCGUGACAGUCAAAUCAUCUUGAUGUCUUUCUUGCAGAAAGUCAUGUUUGAUGAACGUAUGACUGAACUCGAGUUUGAAAUCUUUAAUGGAUUCUAUCAAAUCAGCGGCAUCUUUCCGGAUAUGUAUGAGGUUGUUCUUAUGGUCGACGCAGAUACGAAGGUUUUCCCAGACAGUUUGACACACAUGGUAUCGGCAAUGGUCAAAGAUCCUGAAAUUAUGGGACUUUGCGGAGAGACAAAGAUUGCGAACAAACGCGCCAGUUUUACAACCGCGAUACAAGUUUUCGAGUACUUCAUUUCUCAUCACUCCGUCAAAUCCUUCGAAUCGAUUUUCGGUGGUGUAACUUGUCUCCCUGGUUGUUUCUCCAUGUAUAGAAUCAAGGCUCCAAAGGGUGGUAACUAUUGGGUACCUAUUUUAGCCAAUCCUGAUGUCGUCGAACAUUACUCCGAUAACGUAGUAGACACGCUACACAAGAAGAACUUGCUACUUUUGGGAGAGGAUCGAUACCUCUCAACACUUAUGCUUCGAACAUUCCCCAAACGUAAACAAGUAUUUGUCCCACAAGCUGUUUGCAAGACUCAAGUACCAGACUCUCUUUGGAUUCUCAUGUCACAAAGACGUAGAUGGAUCAACAGUACUGUCCACAAUUUGAUGGAACUGGUUUUGGUUAGAGAUCUUUGUGGUACCUUCUGCUUCAGUAUGCAAUUUGUCGUCUUUAUCGAUCUCGUCAGUACUCUGGUUCUUCCAGCCGCUAUUGCUUUCACAAUCUACGUCGUAAUAAUUUCGAUCAUUCGUCGCCCUGUCCAAGUCAUUCCACUCGUACUUUUAGCAUUCAUCCUUGGUCUACCAGCAGUUUUGAUUGUUGUAACAGCUCAUCGUUGGGUCUACAUUCUUUGGAUGAUGAUUUAUCUUGUCUCAUUGCCAAUUUGGAAUUUCUUGCUCCCAGCAUAUGCCUUUUGGAAAUUCGAUGAUUUCUCCUGGGGAGAUACUCGUAAGACUGCUGGUGAAAAGACUAAGAAGGCGGGUAUUGAAUACGAGGGAGAAUUCGAUAGUUCAAAGAUUACCAUGAAGCGAUGGAAGGAGUUUGAAAGAGAAAGAAUAAUAAGGAGUAACCCAAGCUGGGUUGACUCAAAUACUUCGUUGAACAAAGAGAAUCACCGUUGGCAGCAACAUCAAUAUGAUGAUUACGCUGACAGUUGAGAAGGUGGUUUGGAUAACGUUAUUCUGAUGGAAAGUAUUGAAUCGGAAUUAAAUGGGAUUGAUUAGACUUUGCUCGUUUGUUUAUUAUUGAGCGUACAUAAUGCAUCGCGUGGUUGGAAAGAGGACUGAAAAACCCCCUGAUUGUUUAGGGUCCGGGCGGUAGUAUAGUCAGUCUCCCUUCUUGAAAAAAGAAGGCGUAAUGUUAACUUGUUUUGUAAUCGUGGUACUUGGGUGCCUACAUACAUACCUAUCUUUGGUAGGUGGGUUGUAUAAUGCAUCUUUUUUUCCUUUCUUGAUUGAGGCUGUGGAUUAUACACGUUGUUAUGAGUUAUGGGUAGUGGUUUGGGAGAUGGGAACUAUGUAACGUUUGCAUGAAUGUGAGGGGUGAAGUGUGAAGAAGGGGGGGAUUAAUUAUAUUAAUUAUUGAUUCUUUUUAUUUUCAAUUUGGUUUCGAAUGGAAAGUUAUAUUCAUUGUUAUUUUCUGAUUGAUUGAUUCCAGUAUUGAUUCAUUCUCGAUGUAAAAUUCAGUCAUUCAAUUGCGCAAAAAGAGCACUCAACCAUAGAAGGGGGGUGUUGGAAGUCACGUGUGUAUUCACUAGUCCGGCCUUGAUAUAAGCAGGCUAGUAUAAUCCCUUAAUAGAGUUUACUCUUAGCUGCAACCUUUAUUGAUAUACAUAUACUUGAUCCACAUUCAACAACGGUAUUGUAACUAUAUCUACACUAAUAUCUAUUCCUUUUUCGGU